AUAUUGCAGGCUUGUCAUGACGGGCACAUGGGAAUUCAUUAAGAAGCACAAAGGCAAAAUCAUUGCUGGCGGAGUUUUGAUUAGUGGUGCUGCUGCUUACAUGAUCCAAAGAAAUCAGGAAACACACCGGUUCAAGUUGGCAAAUCCCUACCAGAACGACUUCAUGAUUCAGGAGAGGCGGCGGUAUAUAUUUGACACCAAUCAAAGAGCUUGUGACCAGUCUAUAACGGACAUUGUGAAGGAGCUCAAAACUCGUGUUAAGCUCCGUUUCGAUGUUGAUGCUCUGAUUCGGAAACUUAAGGAGAACAUGGAUCUUUCGGUUGAAGAUAAGGUUGAAUUAUGGGACAAGGUCAAAGUUCUUAGCGUCGCUCGCAUUCUUGGAAUUGCAUACGCUUAUUCAUUGCUGACGGUGACAUUAAAAGCACAGAUCUCUAUCUUAGCAGCAGAUCUUUGUGCGCAGCUUGAAAACCCACCUCCACCGUCUGUCUUCCAAACGCUCGCAAACAUCAAAAAUCAAGUCGUAAGUUAUCUCGGCCUUGACUCGUCGCUUGAUUUGGAGCAUACAGAAUCUAAUGAUUCUGGCGUGAUUGCAGGAAACCGGAGAAUUUUUGUGCAGUGUACGCAGUACCUGGUGACCAGUGGUAUCGCAAAAUUACUAAAUUUUAUCGAAGAUGUCUGUAAUGAAGUUUGUUCGGCUGUGUCGUUGACGGACGUGGUGAACAAUGAGAGAAUACGGGAAGUACUCGAUGCUGCUGAUCAUAUCAUCUCUAAGAAGGACUCCACAUUUUUUACGGAUAUGAUCGCUCCUCUUUCACAAACAGAGAGAUCUUCUUCUGACGGUGUUUUGCAGCUUCUAACUCGUCUCGUUAGAUCCAUAGAGACAGAAAAGUGCCGAGGGGCUCUUUCAAGUCUUGUCGAUUUCUAUUUGACUGCUGCAGUACAGAAGAUUCCCAGUGAUUCUAAGCCACUAGCAAAGCUUUUGCCGUCAUUCUCUGAAGUUUUUGAUGUAAUCGCAUCUGAUGCAUACGAUUCACCACUCCAGAACAGUCUGAACUCUUCGGAUAUAUACCAUGCCAUGCCAAAUGAGCGCAGGCUAUUGAAACUGGCGGCAAGCUUGGCGAAUUGUGCUCCAGAGGUUGCUGCGUAUGGUGCUUGUGUUGCUAGGCAAGCGGAGAAGAUUACAAAGGACGCUUGUGCUGACGAGUUCUCUAAACUAAUAGAUUGCGCUAAGAAGCUGAAAUCGAAAGCGAAAUAA